CUUUGUCAUUCUGUUCUGUUCUGUUUUUGUCUCGUCUCGUAUGUUGUUUCAAUGAAGUUUCCCCUGCUUGCUUUUUCAUCCUGCACAAUUUUGCAAGAAUGUCAAGCAUCUAGAAAUUAAUCUGAAGACAAUAAAAGAGCACUUUUCGGCAAAUGCUUAUACCACAUCCGCCACAUUCUAGUGAAAGGUCUCAUAAUUAGCUGUCCGGACUGCAAAAAUAUUUCUCUUUUGUUGCUGAGCGAAGUUUUAGUUUUUUUAAUAUGUGCACCUAGAUUUGACCUAAUAUAACAGGAUGACUGAAUCAAUGGAAAAGGCUGCCAUAGCCUUGUUGAUGCGAGCCGUGACCCUCGACAAAGAGGGCCGGUUCACAGAGUCGUUUUCCUGUUACACUGAAGGAACUCAUCUUCUAAUGGAAGCAAUUAAAGGGAUGACUGACAAGACAAAAAGUGAUGGUUUCCGAGCCAAGGCAAACACUUAUUUGACGCGAGCCGAACAAAUUAAAGCGCACAUUGCUGCCGAAAAACAAAAAGGUCUCUACACCGAGCACUUUGAGAUCCAUGAAAACGCCACUGGGUUUAGCUACAACACCAUUCUAGGGCGGUUCUUGGGGGUUGACGUGGUGUGGGUACACAUUGAAGACCCUUACAUAAGGAAGCACCACCAGUGCGUAAAUCUGUUAAGAUUGUGUGAGCUGUUUGUGGCAAAAUGUGUGCAACUAAAGGAAAUCAGACUGGUUACUUCGUCGAGUGAUGAAGAGCAAGCAAAAAAAUUGUCUGAUAUAUCAAAGAGUUUAAAAGGAAGGGGAAUCAGUUUAGAUGUUAAAUAUUCCAGCACUUUGCACGACCGGCAAAUACGAAUGAGCAGUGGAUGGGUUGUAAAAAUUGGUAGAGGGCUUGACUAUUUUAAAGCACCCGAGGGCCAAAUGAGUCUAGGCUAUUUUGAUCUUGACCUACGACCGUGUAUGCACACAAGUGUUGACAUUUUUUUCAACAAGCAGCAAUGAAAUUUUUAAGUGAUAACGACUGAUUUGUGAAAAUAAAUAAAAUCCAACAUACCUUUUU